AUGGUGAAGGGAUGGAAUCGCAGCGUUUGCUGCUUGACAACUUUGUGGGCCAUGUUUGAGCUCCCAGGGACUUUUUCUUGCAUUUACGUCACCCUUGUGGAGCCGGAGCUCACACAAGUGGUCAGCACCAAUCGAGGCGUUUCAGCUGCCAGCACCCUCAGGAGGCGUCCCAAUUGCUUUAAUCUGCUGCACCAGCUCCAGUUCCUGCAGCAAGGGGGACUGUCAGCAGAGCAGAGUGUGCGGCACCUCAAGGCGCAAGAGAAUGUAGCGGCUUUCGCCAGUGCAUUCUCGGUUGGCGCCAAAGAGAGCCAAGCCGCAGUGAACUUACUCCAGAACAUCCCCGUUGGCAUCAAGAACAAACUUACUGAGCUAGCAAGGAAGUACACCCAAGCACGCUUCAUCACGCAUGAAUCCUUGGCGAUGAAUUUGCUGAACGUGGGUUUCAACAGUGCCUCUGGCCCCUUCUCGGCAUGGAAGCCUCACUUGGUCAAUACGGAACGCUUGCUGGAGGUUGUAAUUUCCCGCAUGGAAAGUGAUUGGGUCAACCUGGCCCCCAAGAUGCGCAAAGCUUGGACGGGUAAGGACUUGGAAGCAAGGUUUGCUAUGCGCCACGCUGACCACGACAUCUUGCACAUGCUGGAACACAGCGUACCACCAGCUGAUGUCACCAAAGUGGCGUUGUUUUCAAGCCCGCUGGCAAAAUUCAAGCAUGAGACUGUGACCACUGGCUCUCCGGCCUCUGCAGCCCUCUUCUUGCUUCCGCAGUGGCAUUCAUCCGCUCCUAAGACGGCCGUGGUGAAGCAUAGGUUUGCAGAGUGGAGCGGCGCAUCUUGGCUCCUGCAACGAGAUUGGUUGACAAAGGAGAAGGACGACAAGUCUGUUGACAUUCGAUACCUGGGGGUCUACCAUGACGCCGAUGCAGCUGUGAUGAAGUCUGCAAAAGAUUCUGUUGCUGGCCGCAUGCUAAGUCAGUGGUGGGACAAAAGCGAUGAAGCAGGUGCUACCAGCCGCCCCAAUGCGACGUUUGGGGUUGAGCCACCCAAGCUGGAGGUUUUGAGCUAUUCAGAUCAUGGCCAUCUCAGGAUUCCAGACGUACUCCAGCAAAAGUUCAAGCCCAGUCAUGGUGCAGCCUUGCAGGCCUGUUUGGAUGCUUUGGCUGAUGAGACUGCGAUUGCCAAAGCUUUGGUCGCUUAUCAUGGGGGGUCACCUACUACUACUAGUCCAACAAAAGCAGACGCUCCCCGAACUGUGGCCAACCCAGAUUGGCAAGGUGAAGCCGUUGUGAACUUCAGGAAGCGCCUUCAUCUGUCUGGGGUGCCGAUCACGGAUUUCGAAUCGAGCAAUUCGCUGGAUGCCUGCGCCAAGCUGGCCCGUGAACCGUCUCUGGAAGCGGCUGUGACAACUACGGGCCACUUGUUCUUGGUGAACAAAACGGAAAAGGACAUUGCGUUGCCUGCUGGAGAGCUCUUCGGAUUCAAUCUGGGCAGCUUUGUUGAAGUUGCUUCAGAACAUGCGGCCACUCUCGACGCCUCCUUGUCAUGGCUGGUCAGCGAUGACAAGCAGCUGGUCGCCUUGAUCAAAGAGGGAACUGACAAGGAGCUCAUGUCCCUGGCAGAAGUGGUUUGUUCAGUGGCCAAGAACAAGGGCAUUACAGAGUGCAAGAUCAUUGACCACGAACUCCAGCCCAAACUCAAGGCUCAUCAUGUCUAA